GAUUAACCUGCAAACGAAAACAAAAAAACCCAUUAAAUUCACAUUAUAUAAGCUUGUAACAUGUUCUAGUAACAAACCCCCAAAAAAAUACACAAUGAAAAAAGUUACCUUCCCAAAAACCCCUAAUGGAGGAGGAAAGCAACCACUCUUAGCAAGUGAGCCAUGGCUCGACGAUGCUUGCAUUCUCGACAUGGAUUACUUUGUCAAGACCCUUUCGGGCAUUAAGUCCAAGGGCGUUCGCCCAGACCUAGUAGGCUCAAUCAUAGCCCACUACGCGUCUAAAUGGAUCCCUGAAUUAUCAGAGACCAGGGACAUCAUAGGACUCAAGAGGGAUAACGACCCAUCAUCCCCCUCAGAGUCCACGACAUCCACAUGGAGAAAAAAGAGAUUCUUUGUAGAAACACUAGUAGGAGUCCUACCCCCAGAGAAUGACACAGUCCCAUGUAACUUCCUAUUAAGGCUACUUAGAGUAGCCAAUAUGGUAGGAAUUGAGAUGACUUAUAGGGAAGAAUUAGAAAAAAGGGUGUCAUGGCUGUUAGAACAAGCUAGUUUAAAGGAGUUAAUGAUACCUUCUUUUAGUCAUACUUGUGGGACAUUGCUUGAUGUGGAGCUUGUUUUAAGAUUAGUGAAGAGAUUUGUGGGAUUAGAUGAGGUUGUUAAGAGUGGGAGUGCCUUAAUUAAGGUAGCUAAAUUGGUAGAUGGUUACUUAGCUGAGGUUGCUAUGGACACUAAUUUGAAAUUAGAGAAAUUUAUUCAGAUUGCUGCCGCACUUCCUUCACAUUCUAGAGCUAUUGAUGAUGGGUUAUACCGUGCUGUUGAUACUUAUAUUAAGGCACACCCUGGGUCAACAAAACAAGAAAGAAGGCUCCUAUGCAGACUAAUUGACAGCAGAAAACUAACUCCCGAAGCAUGCCUACACGCAUCACAAAACGAACGACUACCAGUAAGAACACUACUACAAGUCCUGUUUUCAGAACAGAACAAGAUCAUGCUCCACUUAGACUGGAGUGGCCAAUUAUCCACGACAAGAAGUCCUAACUCGAACGGGCUCGAUUUGUCAGCCAGAUUCCACUCAAAACGAGAAAUUUCUACCCAAAAAGUAGAGAUUAAGAGGUUAAAGGAAGAUGUUGUAAGGCUUCAGAAUCAGAUAAAUUUGUUGCAGCAUCAGCUAGAGAAAAUGGCAGAGAAAAAGAGGAGGUUUUUUCCAUGGAAAAGGUUGAUUUUAAUGUCUGGUUCAAGUAGUGUUAGUGAUGUGGGUAAAAGAGAGUUUGAGGAAGUUGAUUUUGGGAAACAUACCCCUAUUUCUAAGGGUAAGUCAUCACAUAGAUGGAGGAAGUCUCUUUCUUGAUUAUUUACUUUUGUUUCUUUGCUCUAAAUUGUGUUUUUGUGAUUAGCUUAUUGUAUAACUAUUGAUGUAUGAUAUGGAUUUUUUUUGAUAAUGGAGUAAGGCUGGAGAAUCGCUUA